AUGUCGUCAAGGCCCCGUUUGAUAUCGCUCGAUGCGUUUGCCAAAACCGUCGAGGACGCCAGAGUAAAGACAGCCCUGGGCGGCAUGAUCACGCUUAUAUGCGUGUUUAUUGUGCUUUUGCUCAUCCGAAACGAGUAUAACGAGUACACGCUGAUGAUAGUGAGGCCCGAGUUGGUCGUGGACAGAGAUGUGAACAAGCAGCUUGAUAUCAACUUGGACAUAACCUUUCCCAAUGUUCCUUGUGGCGUGCUCACGUUGGACAUUUUGGACAAUCUGGGCGACUUGCACUUGGACGUGCUUCAGUCCGGGUUUGAAAUAUUCAGAGUGCUUCCGCUGGGCCAGGAGAUAAAGGACGAUUUACCCAUUAUGUCCGGAGUUGAAAAGUGGGAAGAGACCUUGGUGGGCUUGAGUGAGGAAGAGAAGGCCAGGGGUGUCCCUUGUGGGUCGUGUUAUGGUGCUGUGGACCAGACAGACUCCAAGCACUGCUGCAACUCAUGUAAAGCAGUGAGACUAGCGUAUGCGGUGAAGAAGUGGGCAUUCUAUGAUGGAGAAAAUAUCGAACAAUGUGAGAAGGAGGGCUACGUUCAGAAUAUGAAACAGAGAAUCAACGAUAGAGAAGGGUGCCGAGUGAAAGGUCUGGCAAAGAUCAACAGGAUCUCGGGUAAUUUGCACUUUGCUCCAGGGAUUCAGAUCUCCGAUCAAGGGAGACACUCUCAUGACAUGUCGUUGUGGCGUAAGUAUGAGAACUACUUCAAUAUCGACCACAAAAUUCACCACUUUUCCUUUGGCAAGGACCCACUGGCAUCGCUCCACCUAGCAUACCCUCUGGAAGACAACCAAGCUCCUUCAAUAGCACCGUUGGACGGCUUCGUAUUCCAGCAAGGCAAGAAAGAUCAUGUGGCUCUGUACUACUUAUCAGUCGUCUCAACCAGAUUCGAAUAUUUGGAGGGAAGGCAGGCUCCAGAAGAAACAAAUCAAUUCUCUGUCAUCACCCACGAUAGACCAGUAAUAGGUGGUAGGGAUGACGACCACCAAAACACCAUGCAUGCCCGAGGAGGAGUGCCAGGCACGUUCUUCCACUUUGACAUUUCGCCGAUGAAGAUCAUCAAUAGACAAGAAUACGCCAAGACUUGGUCUGGAUUCGUGUUAGGAGUGAUCAGCUCCAUUGCCGGCGUUUUAACUGUCGGAGCAGUGCUUGAUCGCUCUGUCUGGGCUGCCGAACAGGCGCUCAAGGGCAAAAAAGAUACAUAG